CCGGUGCCCGACGGCGGCUGUGAGGCCAUCGCGGAUGCGGGCUCCGGCAAGGGGAGGUGAAGAGUUUUCGGCUGUUAGUAAUUUGGUGGUAGGCUCACUCAUUCACUAACAGCAGAUGCCAAGAAAAAUUAGGCGAGAGGGAAGUUGUUUAUGUCUGUCGUGUCCGUCGUAUUUUCUGCGCCCCCCUACAACUUCAAUACUGCAGCAAUUGGAUACAUGAACCUCGGACCUUUUGUUGGAAAUAUUUUCGGCAGCAUUUACGGGGGACCUUUAGCGGACUGGACUGUCUUACGCUUGGCGAAGAGGAAUGGAGGAGUUUUCGAGCCAGAAAUGCGCUUGUAUCCCUUAUUUCUACCCGUGAUCACAAUGGCUGGUGGUAUUGUCAUGUUUGGAGUCACUGCGGAUCGGGGAAUGCAUUGGAUCUUCCCCAGCAUGGGCGGUGCAUUGUUCGCGUUUGGCCUCGGUGCAAACGGGGAUAUCACCUUCACAUUUGUUAUUGAUACUUACCGAGAGCUGACUGCCGAAGCCUUUGUUGGUAUUGCAUUUGUUCGCAAUGCUGUUAGCGUGGGUGUCCCUUCGGCGCUUGUGCCUUGGAUGUCAAACAUGGGCCUUAGCAACAUGUACAUUCUGAGCGGCGUUAUUUCUCUUCUCAUCGGUCUUUUGUACGUUCCCAUGAUCAUCUGGGGCAAGCGCAUUCGAACUGCUCUGGCUCCUCGAUAUUUGCGACUUGUGGAGAGGCGCAUGCAGAUUUAGUGUGCUGGGUACAUAUGUACUCUCAUUUUGCCAACCUGAGUUACAUUUGUCUUUAUUUACGACCUGCGGCAUCAUUUCUUAUUGCUGGAACUCAGGCUCCGUCUUGAUAGUAGUCAUCAAUGAUCAAACACAUACGCGGUUUCGAUAUUGCUUAACUUGGCUGGGUUUAUCGUGAUCGAACCAGUGUCUUGCAACGUUCGCAGCUAUACACGAGCGAACCUGAAAGCCUUGCUUUCUUUCUGGAAAAUCCAGUGACGAUAUCUGAUAAUCU